GAGCUCGAGACAUCGAGGAGGGGAGUAAGAAGCAUCCGAGGAGGCGAUAGAGGAGGAGACGGUGAGUGUGUAUGUGUUCUAUUUUACCGUGUGGCUUUUCGGGGGGCGAGAGGAGGCUUGAGAGAGGGUAAGAGAGAAGCAGAAAGAGUUGCUAUGGAAAUAUAUGACCACAUAAAAGGAAGUCCAUUCUGCUAAUUCUGAUACCUGAGAUGUAACUGGAUUGAAGAGUGGAACAGGAAAAAUUUUAGUGCCAACUUUAAUUACAAUGGCCACUGAUUCAGGGGAGCCAGCCAGCACAGAAGAUUCUGAGAAACCUGAUAGAGUUUCAUUCGACAGCAGAGUUCCUCAAGUUGUUGCAACUUUGACAGUAGAAGCUAGGCUAAAGGAAAAAAACAGUACCCCCUCUGCUUCUGGAGAAACCGUAGAAAGGAAGAGAUUUUUCCGAAAGAGUGUUGAGAUGACGGAAGAUGAUAAAGUUGCCGAAUCUUCCUCCAAAGAUGAGAGAAUAAAGGCUGCAACGAAUAUUCCAAGAGCAGAUAAACUUCCUACAAAUGUGCUAAGAGGUGGACAAGAAGUUAAAUAUGAACAAUGUUCAAAGGCAACUUUGGAAACUUCAAAAGAUUGUUUCAAGGAGAAAAAUGAAAAGGAAAUGGAAGAAGAAGCAGAAAUGAAGGCUGUAGCUACUUCUCCUAGUGGCAGGUUCCUGAAAUUUGACAUAGAGCUGGGAAGAGGAGCAUUUAAAACAGUAUAUAAAGGACUGGACACUGAAACAUGGGUUGAGGUUGCUUGGUGUGAACUGCAGGACCGGAAGUUAACCAAAGCUGAACAGCAAAGGUUCAAGGAAGAAGCAGAGAUGUUGAAGGGUCUCCAGCAUCCCAAUAUAGUUCGAUUUUAUGAUUCCUGGGAGUCUAUAUUAAAAGGAAAGAAGUGUAUUGUAUUAGUGACUGAACUAAUGACAUCCGGAACCUUAAAAACGUACUUAAAACGAUUUAAAGUCAUGAAACCAAAGGUCUUAAGGAGCUGGUGCAGACAAAUUUUAAAGGGGUUGCAGUUCCUGCAUACUAGGACUCCCCCUAUUAUUCACCGGGAUCUGAAGUGUGACAAUAUUUUCAUCACGGGACCCACAGGAUCUGUGAAGAUUGGUGAUCUAGGACUAGCCACCUUAAUGCGCACAUCAUUUGCUAAGAGUGUCAUUGGGACUCCUGAGUUUAUGGCCCCAGAGAUGUAUGAAGAGCACUAUGAUGAAUCUGUAGAUGUCUAUGCUUUUGGAAUGUGUAUGCUGGAAAUGGCUACUUCAGAGUACCCUUAUUCUGAGUGUCAGAAUGCAGCUCAAAUAUACCGUAAAGUAACUAGUGGCAUAAAACCAGCCAGCUUCAAUAAAGUCACUGAUCCUGAAGUGAAAGAAAUUAUUGAGGGAUGUAUUCGUCAAAACAAAUCUGAAAGGUUGUCUAUCAGGGACCUACUAAACCACGCAUUUUUUGCUGAGGAUACAGGACUGAGGGUGGAGUUAGCAGAUGAUGAUGAUUGCUCAAAUUCAUCCUUGGCUUUACGACUCUGGGUUGAAGACCCUAAAAAAUUGAAAGGCAAACACAAAGACAAUGAAGCUAUUGAAUUCAGUUUCAAUUUAGAAACAGAUACACCUGAGGAAGUGGCAUAUGAAAUGGUAAAGUCUGGAUUCUUCCAUGAAAGUGAUUCCAAAGCCGUUGCUAAAUCCAUUAGAGACCGGGUGACCCUGAUAAAGAAGACGAGGGAGAAGAAACCUGCUGGCUGUUUGGAAGAACGCAGGGAUUCCCAGUGCAAGUCUAUGGGGAAUGUAGUCCCUCAGCACCAGAAUACAACUUUGCCCCCUGCUCCUGCUCAGCAGGCUGGGGCUGAAUGUGAGGAAACUGAAGUUGAUCAACAUGUUCGACAACAGCUUCUACAAAGAAAACCACAGCAGCACUGCUCCUCAGUUACAGGUGACAAUUUGUCUGAGGCAGGAGCUGGAUCAGUUAUACAUUCGGAUACUUCCAGUCAGCCCAGUAUAGCCUAUUCCUCAAACCAGACGACGAGCUCUCAAAUGGUUUCUAACAUCCCACAAGCCGAAAUGAAUGUUCCAGGGAAAAUUUACCCAUCUCAGCAACUAGUAGGACAUUACCAGCAAAUUUCAGGGUUGCAGAAGCAGCCAAAGCUGACUCAGCCCCAUAUUUUGCCUUUGGUUCAAGGUCAGUCCACUGUUUUGCCUGUACAUGUCCUUGGACCUACAGUUGUUUCACAACCCCAAGUUUCCCCAUUAACUGUCCAGAAGGUCUCACAGAUAAAGCCUAUAUCUCAACCAGCUGGAGUUGAACAAGCAGCUCUUCCAAAACCAGACUUAGUUCGAAGCUUGAAUCAAGAUGUGACAGCUGUGAAGGAAAACACCAAUAAUCCCGAUAACCCAAGUGGAAAUGGCAAACAGGAUCGGAUCAAACAGAGAAGAGCUUCCUGUCCCCGACCAGAGAAAGGGACUAAAUUUCAGCUUACUGUCCUUCAGGUGUCAACCUCUGGAGACAACAUGGUGGAGUGUCAGCUGGAGACACACAACAACAAGAUGGUCACCUUCAAGUUUGAUGUUGAUGGUGAUGCACCAGAGGAUAUUGCAGACUAUAUGGUUGAAGAUAACUUUGUGCUGGAAAGUGAGAAAGAAAAAUUUGUAGGAGAAUUGAGGACUAUCGUAGGUCAAGCCCAGGAGAUCCUUCAUGUCCACUCUGCUGCAGAAAGAGCCACUGGAGUUGACUCUAUUACUGUGGAAUCCAACAGUAGCCAAACAGGAUCAUCUGAACAAGUACAGAUCAAUUCUGCAUCCACUCAAACCAGCAAUGAAUCUGCUCCUCAGUCAUCCCCAGUUGGUCGGUGGCGAUUUUGUAUCAAUCAAACAAUAAAAAACCGUGAGGUUCAGUCUCCUCCUCUUCAGCAUUCUAUGUCUACGGUUCCUGGGCUACAUCCACUUCCUAGUCCAAGAAACACAAAUAAUAAGGAAAUAUCACAGGACAUACUGCUUACUAUAGAAAAUAAUCCAUACCAGCGUGCACUUUUCACCUCCAAAUCAGAACACAAGGAUGUAGUUGAUGGUAAGAUUUCUGAAUGUGCUAGUGUAGAAACUGAGCAGCCACUUUAUCAAGUGGUAGAUAAUGGGCAGAUAAUGGUACCAGUUACUAGUAGUUCCAAUUAUUCUGCUACUUCAGUUUGUGCCAUUCCAAUUGAAUGUGAGGGACUCGCCAACCAAGCAGGCAUAUUCAUACCUGUGUAUUCAUGUCACCAAGCUGCCAGUCAGGCCGAUGUACUUAUGGCCCAUCCUGGCGAAUCAACUCAGAUUGCUGGUAACCCUAUUACUACUCCGGCAUUUGUAUCUGAUCAAAAGCCUCAAUCCUUGUCAGUACAACAGCCAACUAUGGAUGCAGAGUUUUUUUCCCAAGAAGGAGAAAUGACACUGAACACUGAAGCAGUUUCUCCUAAGACAGUUAUUCCCACUCAGACCCCUGGCCUGGAACCAACUAGUCUUCUACCCACUACUGUCUUGGAAUCAGAUGGGGAAAGACCUCCAAAAAUGGAGUUUGCAGACAACCGAAUUAAAACUCUGGAUGAAAAAUUAAGAAACUUGCUCUAUCAGGAGCAUAACAUCUCUAGCAUCUAUACUGAGAGUCAGAAGGAUACUCAAAGCAUAGACUCUCCAUUUUCCUCCUCUGCUGAAGAUACACUCUCCUGUCCAGUGCCAGAAGUCAUAGCCAUCAGUCACUGUGGAAUUCAAGAUAGCCCUGGACAAUCCCCUAAUUUCCAACAGACAGGCUCUAAGAUUCUGUCCAAUGUGGCUGUGAGUCAGCCUGCUAACCUAUCAGUGUUCAAAAGGGACCUGAAUGUGAUAACUUCUGUACCCAGCGAAUUGUGUUUGCAUGAGAUGUCCUCAGAUGCUUCACUUCCAGGGGAUCCAGAGGCCUAUCCUGCUGCUGUGUCAAGCGGUGGAGCCAUUCAUCUGCAGACAGGAGGUGGAUAUUUUGGCCUAAGCUUUACUUGUCCUAGUCUCAAAAAUCCUAUUAGCAAGAAAUCCUGGACUCGCAAAUUAAAAAGCUGGGCAUACAGGCUACGGCAGUCAACCAGCUUUUUCAAGAGAUCAAAAGUCCGUCAAGUGGAAACAGAAGAUAAGAGAUCAGCAAUUGCUCCUGAUCCCAUUCCUCUGACACGGGAGUCCACAGAUGAUAUUAGGGCUUUGAGUAGAUGGAAAGCGAUGACUGGAUCGUUUCAGCGGGGUCGGUUCCAGGUGAUUACAGUUCCUCAGGAGCAGUCAGUGAAAAUCACAUCUUUUGAAAUAGAACACAUACCAGCGUUCAAUGAAACAACAAACCAUUCCAGUGAAGAAACUCUAGCCUUUAUUGAAACAGCAAAGUCUCAGUUGGUAGAAGUGGAACCUGCCACGCACAAUCCACAAGCUUCAUUUUCUUCUCAGAAGUUACGAGCUCUUCAUGAAACCUUUAAAGAAGAUAAAGGAAUUCCCAAACAAGGUGACAACUUCUUAUCUUUCAGCACAGCUUGUGAGACUGAUGUAUCUUCAGUGACCCCAGAAAAGGAAUUGGAAGAAACUUCAGCCACAGGAAGUAGCAUGCAGUCUGGAUCUGAACUGUUGCUUAAAGAGAGAGAAAUACUACCUGCUGGGAAACAGCCUAGCUCUGACAGUGAAUUUUCAGCCAGCCUUGCUGGCAGUGGAAAGUCAGUGGCAAAGACUGGUCCAGAGAGUGAUCAGUGCUUACCACUCCAUGAAGAACAAGCCUAUGCUCAAACACAGAGUUCACUCUUCUAUUCGCCAUCUUCCCCAAUGAGCAGUGAUGAUGAGUCAGAAAUAGAGGACGAGGACUUAAAGGUGGAGCUUCAAAGGUUACGAGAAAAACACAUACAGGAGGUGGUAAAUCUUCAAACUCAGCAGAAUAAGGAGCUUCAGGAGCUCUAUGAACGCCUUCGGUCAAUCAAAGAUAGCAAAACCCAGUCUUCAGAGAUUCCUUUGCCACCUGCAUCACCACGUCGACCGAGAUCUUUCAAAAGCAAACUUCGCAGCCGCCCCCAGUCCUUGACACAUGUGGACAAUGGCAUAGUUGCCACAGAUCCACUGUGCGUGGAGAGUAAUGCAACAGCAUGCCAGCAAUCUCCAGCCACUAAAAAAGGGAUGUUCACAGAUGAUUUACACAAGCUGGUGGAUGACUGGACAAAGGAAGCAGUAGGAAAUUCUCUUAUUAAGCCAAGUUUAAACCAACUUAAACAGAGUCAACACAAAUUAGAGACAGAAAACUGGAACAAAGUAUAUGAAAAUACUUCAUCUACUAUGGGCUACACAUCAACAUGGAUUUCUUCUCUGUCCCAAAUCCGUGGAGCUGUCCCAACUUCCUUACCACAAGGACUCUCACUCCCUUCAUUUCCUGGGCCAUUAUCAUCAUAUGGAAUGCCCCAUGUUUGUCAGUAUAAUGCUGUGGGGGGGACAGGGUAUCCAGUACAGUGGGUAGGAAUUUCAGGAACAACACAACAGUCUGUAGUAAUUCCUACCCAAUCUGGGGGACCAUUCCAGCCGGGGAUGAGUUUGCAGGCAUUUCCAACUUCACCAGUGCAGAAUCCAGCCACAAUCCCUCCUGGUCCCAAAUGAAUCAGAGUAGAUGAUGAAGAAAAGGGAGAAUUUUUUCAGAAUUAUUUUCAGGACACCUAAGACAUUAAAGUUUCUUCUUCUUG